AUGCUGUCCUCUCCAUCCCGCAAUCUUCAGGCCCGCCAACGCGCGACCCACCGACGGCAAAACUCGACGCCGUCCGCCUUUGAGCCGGCCAAGAUCCCAGCCCUGCCCACUGUCCAGAACCGACAGCGAGCCCUCGGCCACCGCCGGGGCCUCAGCUUGGACACACGACGCCAACACCUGUCGCCCGCUUCCGCCGCGGCCGCGACCACCACGACACCAACAAGGCAGGACUUUGCAAUGGUAAGCAACACUAACAACACAGCAUCACCGCAGCAUGUGCUGCGAGAAGCGCAGCAGCAACGCAUUCUAGCACGCCCGGGCCCCCACCAGCAGAACCUCUCCAGGUCUCACACGAGACAUCUCAGCCACCACCAACAACAACAACCUCACCCGCUGCGACGCCAGCAACACCAGCAGCAAAACUUCAUGGCCGCCGUCAAUGACCACGACAACAGCUACGUCAUGUCGCCUCACGGCACCCCCCAGCACCAGCGCUUCGGUGCCGCCUGCUUCGACGGCAGCUCCUCCCCUGUCCCCUUCAACCCCUACCAGGGAGGAGGCAUCAACGUCAUGAUCCCUAUGAAGGACGAUCCCGCCUUUGUCGGCGCCAUGAUGAGCGACAAGGACUUUGACCUCUUUGGCGCCGACACCGAUCUCUCGUCGCCCGCCUUCAUGGACUUCAACGAGAGCCCAACCUCCGCUCAGCCCAUCUGGGCCUCCGAGGGCGACGCCGCCGCCGCCGCCACUCUCAGGCGCACGACCCGCAGGAUCAGCAACGGCAUCCUCGACCGUGUGGCCAAGUUUGAGACCAUGGGUGGCGAGCCCUCGAGGCCGACAACACCCCCUCAUCAAAACGGAAACGGUCAGUUCCUCCCCAGGCGCCUUGGCUCCGAUGAACCUGCUUCGCUCACACACGUUCCAGGCUACUUCCCUCCUACGCCCAUGGAGACCCCCCAUGACCGUAUCGUCAAGCAGCAGCCUGAGCAGGCCUCAAGGCCCAGCAGGUUCUCUGACGAUUACGACGAGUCCAUGGAGGAGACGCUCAAGCCCGUCCGUGCCAAGCCAGCAUCGAGGGCUCAGAAUGUCUUUGAGGAGAUGAGGAGACGCGCUGAGGAGUCGUCCGCCAACCCCACGCCUCCUCAGACCACGACCAUGCCCGAGGCCCAGACGUUUGAGCCCCAGGUGUCUGCUGCCGACUUCAUCAGCAUGAACAGCUUCGACACCGACUACCUCAAGACCCAGUCCUUUGACGGAUUGACCGAUGACCUCGGCGUCUCGCCCGGCAUGUCCCAGAACUCCACGCCCCACACUCCUCACAGCGCCGUCAUGAACAACGGCUACCACCCCGGCCCCUUUGACAACCCAGACCUCCGUCUGCCUCACCAUGACAGCCCUGCGACGCCCUCUCUCUCGCGCACGCAGUCGCUCCGUGGAACCCCCCACCGCCGCACCGACUCCCUCGCCAGCAUCGUCAGUGCUGCCAGCAUCUCCGGCAUCAACAUUGAGGAGACCAAGACCGAGACUGGCGUCACGACGGAUGACAUUGCCAUCUACAUCCAGGGCCCUGAUCCCGCCGACAACAAGUGGAUGUGUCUGUUUGAGGACUGCGGCAAAAAGUUCGGCCGCAAGGAGAACAUCAAGUCGCACGUCCAGACCCACCUCAACGACCGCCAGUACCAGUGCCCCUCGUGCCACAAGUGCUUCGUCCGCCAGCACGACCUCAAGAGGCACGCCAAGAUCCACACCGGCAUCAAGCCCUACCCUUGCGAGUGCGGCAACAGCUUUGCUCGCCACGACGCCCUCACGCGCCACCGCCAGCGCGGCAUGUGCAUCGGCGCCUUUGACGGCAUCGUCAAGAAGGUCGUCAAGCGCGGUCGCCCCCGCAAGCACCGCCCCGAAAUGGACGAGCGUGUCAACAAGUCCGCUCGCACCCGCUCCAAGAACCAGUCCAUCAGCUCCAUCUCUUCGCAAUCUGGCUACUCUGACACGUCCGGUGCCAACUCGCCCGAGAACUACAACGCCAUCUCCGACAAUGACUUCGCCGCCAUGACCAUGGACAUCAAGCAGGAACAGCAACACGCCCGACACGCCCGGCCCAUGCCUUUCGAGACCGUCUCCAUGUCGUCGGCCCCCAUGUCCUCCGCCCCGAUGCCCUCGCUCCCCCCCGCCCGCGCCUCUCCCCUGCACCACCACGAGAACGACCUGGACAUGGCACCCUCGCCUUCCGUCGCGAGCCACGUCUCCUCCUUCGUCUCACCCGAGGAGAUUAUGGACCAUCCCUCUGUGCGCUCGCAUCAUGACGCGUCUCCGACCAAGAGCACCCCCAGCCAGUACAACACGCCCCCCGAGCUCUCUCAAUCCUCCUCGCCCCCGCCCCACCACUUCUUCGACGCCGAGCCCGGCAGCGUCAGCUUUGCUGACGACUCGCUCCUUGCCGGUAUGCGCACCAGCUCGGCUGCCGGCCUCGGCAGCGCCGGCAAUUUCUCAGGUCUCGGGCUCGGCGACCACGAUGAGGAGCUUCUCAUGAAGGCCUUUGACGACAAUCUGGGCGCUUUUGACCGCGACCCCAACGUGCUCAUGAUGAGCGACUUUGACGAUGCCGUCGACAUGUUCACGAACGGCGACGACGUCUUCUUCGGCACGUCAUGA